CAUCUUAACCUUGUACAGUACUUCCAACUUUUUUCUGUAUUUUUCUAUCUUGUUAACAAAUUAAUCUCAUGAGAACCUCCGCUACUCUCCUAUAAAUACAAACACCUUUUCUAUUAUCUCUCACAAAAACAACCCCCAAAUCUCUGUCUUUGCUUCGGCGGUUUCUAUUCUUGUUUUGCUUAUAGUCUGUCAAACACUGAAAUCUGUUUGAUAAACCCUGUUCUUCUUCAAUUUUGAUGGAGUUGAUUCCGGGUCUACCGGAUGAUACUGCGCGUGACUGUUUGAUUCACGUUCGGUACACGCAAUUACCUUCGAUUUUAUCUGUGUGCAGAGGUUGGAGAACUGAAGUUGAGAUGCCGGAGUUUCUUCGGCAUAGGAAAAUUACCGGCAAGGCCCAAAAUUUUUGCGUGAUGGCUCAAGCACGGGUCAACCCUGAAGACGGAGGAAACAAGAUGAAGGACCGGUUUAACCCGGUUUAUCGUCUCACGCUUUGCGAACCGGAGACGGGUUUCUGGUGCGAGUUGCCUCCGGCGCCCGGAUUUGAAAACGGGUUGCCGAUGUUCUGCCAAAUGGUUUCGUUCGGGUCGGAUCUUGUUGUGUUGGGUGGAUUGAAUCCCGUGACUUGGGAGGUCUUGAACUCUGUCUUUAUCUUCAAUUUUGUCUCCGCGACGUGGCGGUGUGGGACCGAAAUGCCGGGCCCACGGCGAUGCUUUUUCGGAUGUGCGUCCGAUUCUUAUCGAACGGUAUAUAUCGCGGGCGGUCAUGACGUCGGGAAGAACGCUCUGAGAACGGUCAUGGAGUAUGACGUGGCAAAGGAUAAGUGGAGCCGACUGCCUGACAUGUCAAGAGAGCGUGACGAGUGCAACGCCACAUUCCACCGCGAGAAGCUCCACGUCAUAGGCGGUUAUUGUACGGAACUGCAAGGUCAGUUCGAGAGAAGUGCCGAGUCAUUCGAUUUCUCCACGUGGCAGUGGGAUCACAUACAAGAAGACUUAUUGAAAUAUGCCACGUGUCCACGUACUUGCUUAUAUGGCGAAGACAAUUUGUACAUGUGUGAUGGAGGUGAUGUCGUGGCACUUAACGGAACAACAUGGCAGGCUGUAACUAAGCUGCCGUCCGAGGUUUGCAAUACCGCUUUCGUGACAACGUGGAAGGGGAAGUUAAUGGUGAUUGGAUCUGAGAGAAUAGGUGGGUCCCACAUGGCUUAUGUGGUGGAUUUAAAAACUUACACCUGGACGAAAAUAGAGACUCCCAAGAAAUACUCCGGUCAUGUUCAAACUGGUUGUUGCUUGGAGAUUUAAGUAGAGAUUUGGCUUUGCUUGUUUGUAUGGAUGUUUUGUAGUUUGUAUAGAACGAUGCAACUUUUUGUUCUUGUGUUUUCUUGGGUGUGUUUCAUUAUGAAAAAUGAAAUUAAUGUUUGCCACCUAUACAAAAUGUAAUAAGUAUAGAGGUAUUUUUAUCAGAAUUUUGGGUUUUAUCAU